CGCCAUUUUGGGAAGAGGCCGCCGAGCCCCCCCCCACCCGGGGCUCCCCUUUUAACCCUUUUUAACCCUUUUUUUUUCCACCCUUUUCCCAUUUUUUCACUCCCGACCAUGCGGCCGGGUAUUAAACUCUUCGUGGGGAACGUCCCGGAAGAAGCGACGGCUGAAGAACUGAGCGAUUUGUUCGCCGGGGUAGCGGGUCCGGUUUUGGGCAUCGCCCUCAUGAAACAAUUCGCUUUCGUUCACCUGAGGGACGAAGCGGCGGCGGCCCGAGCUAUUUCCCAACUCAACGGGCACCAGCUCCACGGUCGCCGGAUCGUGGUGGAACCAUCUCGCCCUCGACCCACCAACACCUGCAAGAUUUUCGUCGGCAACGUCUCGGCCGCCUGCACCAGCGGCGAGCUCCGCUCCCUCUUCCAACAAUACGGCACCGUCGUCGAAUGCGACGUGGUUAAAGACUAUGCCUUUGUGCACAUGGAGAACGAAGCAGACGCCAAAAUGGCCAUCGAAAACCUCAACGGGAAGGAGGUGAAAGGUCGGCGGGUGAACGUGGAGCUCUCCACCAACGUCCAGAAGAAGAACAACAACCCCAACGUCAACAACGCCAACGCCAACCUGUUGGCCAACACCAACACCCACCACCCGUUGGCCACCACCACCAACCACCACCCGUUGGCCACCACCAACGCCAACCCGUUGGCCAACGCCAACUCAACCGCCCUUCCCCCUUCCGCCUUGGCCUUGGAGAAGAACAAACGGUUGGGGUUGGAAUAUCGGGAGAAAUUUCAACCCAAAAUGGAAGGGUUUGGCCAACAGCGCCCGCCCGACGCCGCCUUCCCCUCCGCCUACUCCUCCUCCUCCUCUUCCUCCCUCUACGACUACCAACAGCGGGGGGGUUUCUCCUCCUCUUCCUCUUCCUCCGCCGUGGUGGCUACCAAAUACGAGGCUUUCGAUGCCCAAACCAGACCCCCUUCCCCUUCUUAUUUCGGAGGGAGGGAUCGUAGCCCGCUCCGCCGUUCUCCUAGCCACGCCGCCUACGUGGCGGCCCAACCGGCGGCCUACCGAGCCCAACCUUCGGCCUCGUUGGGGGCAACCUACCGCGCUCAACCUUCGGCCUCCCUCGGCGUUGCCUAUCGCCCUCAACCCACCGGUAGCCAAAAUCCCUCUUACCGAGCCCAACCUUCGGCUUCUUUGGGGGCCACCUACCGCUCCCAACCCUCCCUCCCUUUGGGGGCUACCUCUUCCCAACCAUCUUCCAACUCCUUGGCCAACUACGGCAACCAAAACGCCCCGGCGGUUGCCGCGUCCUACGGCGCCCCCCCUCAACCCCCUCCUUCAUCCCAACUUGCCGCUUACGGCCUCCAAUCGGCCGCUUUGGCUACCAACUCCUACGGGGCCGGCUACUCGGCUUCCUACGGCGCUCAAGUGGCUACUUCUUACGGCGCCCAAGUAGCCACCGGCCCUACCGCCGCUUCCUACGGCGCCCAAACGGUAGCCACCCACGUAGCAUACGGUGGCCAACCCUCCGGCUACGCCGCCCAACCCCUCGAUAGCCACGCGGCUACCUACGGCGCCCAACCCGGGGCCGCUGCCGCCGCUCUUUCGGCUACCUACGGCGCCCAAGCGGUAGCCGUCCACGCCACCUCCUACGGCGGCGCCCAAGCGGUGGCUAGCCACGCCGCCGCCGCCUACCAACCCGUGGCUAGCCACGCGGCUACCUACGCAGCCCAACCGGCUACCGCUCUCUCCGCCACCUACGCUAGCCAACCCGCCUCCUACGCUAGCCAGCCCGCCGCCGCCGCCAACUUGCCCUCAUCCUACGGUAGCCAACCCGCCGCCGCCGCCGCCCUCACGGCUACUUACGGUGCCCAAGCGGCUUCUUCGUUAGCCACCCCCUCCUACGGCAACCAAGCGGCCACCGUGGCUACCUACAAAGCUUCCACCCCUCUCAACGCCGCUUACCGGGCUACCGGCUCCAUGGUGGCUACUUACCCGGUGCAACAGGCUACCAACUCCUCCUCCUCCUCCUCCGCCGCCGCCGCUUACCGUAGCCAACCGGCCGGUGGCUACGAAGGCGCUGGCCAACUUGGCCACCAAACGGCUUCCUAUUUGGGCUUGUCACAAGCCACCGUGGCUACCGUGGCCCCCCCCUACGAGCGCACCCGCCUCUCGCCUUACCGCCGCCUGGCCGACUCGCCCCUCGUGUUCCGCCGCUCGCCCACAAAGUCCCCCCUGGACUACCACCGCCGGCCCCCCGAAGCCCACCCCGACUACCCCCGCUACUCGGGGGGCUACGGCGACUACCUCCCGCCCGCCCGACUCCACUCGGGCUACCAGCGCCGCCUCUGAGCUAGCCACCGGCCCUCCGAGGGGGGUGGGAGGCCAUGGUGGCUACCUACAACCCCCCCUGGGCUACCAGUGCUGGGAGGGAGCUGUGGUGACCACCUACAACCCCCCCUGGGCUACCAGCACCUGACACAGACGCUCCACUGGUUGGGAGGCCAUGGUGGCUACCUACAACCCCCCCUGGGCUACCAAUGCCGCCUCUGAGCUGGCCACAGGCACUCAGGGGGGGUUAGGAGGCCAUGGUGGCUACCUACCACCCCCCCUGGGCUACCAACGCCGCCUCUGAGCUGGCCACAGGCACUCGGGGGGGGUGGGAGGUUAUGGUGGCUACCUACAACCCCCCCUGGGCUACCAUCUCCGCCUCUGAGCUAGCCACCGCCGCCGAUGGCGCUCCCAGGGGGGUGGGAGGCCAUGGUGGCUACCUACCACCCCCCCUGGGCUACCAGCGCUGGGAGGGAGCUGUGGUGACCACCU